AUGGGGGCUUCCGGCGGCUCUUCACAUAAUAUCGGUUAUGAUCAAUUGCUCGUUCUCGACUUGUCUCAGAACUUCACGAACCAAGAUACCUUCCCCUAUUCCUCCAUUCUGAAGAGCCCCGAUGUGCCGAACGGCCUGAUUGAAGGCAGUCUGUGGUACUCGCCAGCCACACGAAAAAUAUAUCAGUUAGGUGGAUGGUUCUCCUUCAAUAGCGACACGGAUCCAGGCUUCAUGCAGCUGAAUGAUAUCCCAGAAUCCGCGAUAUGGGAGUUUGAUAUCGAUUUAGAGAGAUGGUCCAAGCUGACAGAUUUUAAUUACACUGGUGUUGGAACAAAAAUCGAUCGACCAGGUGCGGCCGCUUACUGUGAUGCUCCGGCUUUGAACAAGAGCUUCGUGUUUGAGGGUUAUGUCCAGCAGCGAUCAGAUCAUGACUACAUCACAUAUGAUCAGUCAAGCGAGUUCAAGUUCUUAGAGGGAAUGCUUGUGUUGGACACGAGCCCUGCAGUUGCAAGGCCAACCUUGACAAACACCUCUGUGCCUGUCUCAUUGGGCGAUAAUAAAAACAAGCCUUUCGGGCCACGCAUGAAUGGAGCAAUGGUGCACGUACCCAUUGGGGACAAGGGAAUCGUUGUCUUUCUUGGUGGCCAGGUCACAGUCGAUCCAACUCCUUACGGCAUACCAAAGAAAGGAGCCAACGCGGGCAAUGACAAUAUCCAAAAUACCUUUGUCGAUAUUUACGAUAUUGGAACUGGCUAUUGGUUCCGUCAGAAGACCUUCGGCAUCCCUGAUAUUCCAAGUGGGCGGUCAGAUAUCUGUGCAGUCGUGGUACCCGCGAAGGACAAUUCCUCAUACAAUAUCUACAUGGUUGCUGGUGUUGAGAAUUAUGCUACUUAUAUCACAUCCGAAGAAAUCUGGGUCCUUAGCUUACCAACUUUCCAAUGGGUCCUGGUGCAUACCCGUACUGACGGCAUGUACGGCCACACCUACCAUGUGGUAGGCGAGAACCUGCUCAUAAUUGGAGGCAUGCAGACAAACAAGACAGCUGGCGGCACCAACGUCAAGAGCUGCUCCUCACACAUGCCCGCAGAGAUUUUUGACCUGGUUUCACAAAACUACACUGGCAUCUUCAAUGCUGAAGGAGCGAACCGUCAAGCGCCAGUUCCAUCACAAGUAGUCAACGCGAUUGGAGGUACUGUCGAUGGUGGUGCCUACAAGACAUCUCCACUCGAAUGGAGCGACACCUGGCUGCAAUAUGUGAUGAACCCGGCUCUGACUGCUCCAGCGCCUUACAAUCCCCCUUACGAACUUGUCAUCCCAAACAAAAAUGACACUCCUUCUGGAAAUGGUACAGCUACGGAGCCCAGUGGCUCUGGCUCUGGAUCCAAUAAAGGUGCUCUGAUCGGUGGUGUUGUGGGAGGAGUCGUUGGUGGUCUUAUUCUCAUCACCCUCAUCGCUAUCUUCUUCAUUGUCAGAAGGAAGAAGCGUAGGGAGGCCAACAGACAAAGCACACAAAGCCAAAUGUCCGAGAUGCCUGGGGGAUCGUCAUACGUCUAUGACAAGAAGCAUAGCUACGGCGUUCCGCCACCGCUGAUGCAGAUGGAACCGGCAGAGCUGCCUGUGCCAAUUGCCGCGAGUGAAAUUGAAAUCACAUUGGCGGCUUGA